UGGUGGUGACAGGCCCACUAGGGCCUGUGCCGGAGAAGCAGGCUGCUCCUUGGAAAUUUAUUUGGAAACUUUCUUCAAACGAAGGCAGGCCCCUCGACUUUCCUUAGGGAAUCCAAAGGGCAGGGAGGCCUGCAGCAGGGGCUCCCCCUUCCUCUUCUGGGGCCACCCCACUGCCCACAGCUUCGGGAGCCCUGCCUGAUGCCUGACCCUGGGCUGGCCGACCCCGCACCCUUGGGCGCUUCCCCUGUUCCCGGGCGCUGCCCAGGCCCCGGGGGACCGGGGCGCGGGCUGCUCUCCACACAGCCAUUCUUUCCCGGCCCCCUCCUCCCUUCCGUUUCCGUGGCCUUGCGGCCGGCCGGGAGGCAGCAGCCCAGCGGGCCGCAGGGCGCCGCCGCCCGCCCCUUCCCCUCAGGCCCGCCCCGGCCCCAGCCAACUGAAACCGCGGGAGGAGGAAGCGCGGAAUCAGGAACUGGCCGGGUGGGCGCUGGGCAGACUCAGUCCUCCGCGGCCCCGGGAGCAGAUGCCUGUGCAGCACGGCACUAUGGGCUUCUCUUCUGAGCUGUGCAGCCCCCAGGGCCACGGAGCACUGCAGCAGAUGCAGGAGGCCGAGCUUCGGCUGCUGGAGGGCAUGAGGAAGUGGAUGGCCCAGCGGGUCAAGAGUGACCGGGAAUAUGCAGGGCUGCUGCACCACAUGUCCCUGCAGGACAGCGGGACCCAGGGCCGGGGCAUCAGCCCCGACAGCCCCAUCAGCCAGUCCUGGGCGGAGAUCACCAGCCAGACGGAGGGCCUGAGCCGGCUGCUGAGGCAGCACGCGGAGGACCUGAACGCGGGGCCCCUGAGCAAGCUGGGCCUGCUGAUCCGCGAGCGGCAGCAGCUGCGCAAGGCCUACAGCGAGCAGUGGCAGCGCCUGCGGCAGGAGCUCUCCAAGACGCACAGCCAGGACAUUGAGAAGUUGAAGAGCCAGUACCGGGUCCUGGCACGGGACAGCGCCCAGGCCCGGCGCAAGUACCAGGAAGCCAGCAAAGACAAGGACCGUGACAGGGCCAAGGAUAAGUAUGUGCGCAGCCUGUGGAAGCUCUUUGCCCACCACAACCGCUACGUGCUGGGCGUGCGGGCUGCCCAGCUACACCACCAGCACCACCACCAGCUCCUGCUCCCCGGCCUGCUCCAGUCCCUGCAGGACCUGCACCAGGAGAUGGCGCACAUCCUGAAGGAGAUCCUGCAGGAAUACCUGGAGAUCAGCAGCCUGGUCCAGGACGAGGUGGUGGCCAUGCACCAGGAGAUGGCUGCAGCCGCUGCCCGCAUCCGGCCUGAGGACGAGUACCAGGCCUUCCUGCAACAGUACGGGUCCACACCUGAUAUCCCACCCUGCGUCACCUUUGAUGAGUCACUGCUGGAGGAGGGUGAGCUGCUGGAGCCGGGGGAGCUGCAGCUCAACGAGCUGACCGUGGAGAGCGUGCAGCACACGCUGACCUCGGUGACAGACGAACUGGCUGUGGCCACCCAGGCAGCGCUCAGCCAGCAGGAGGCCGUCGUUCAGCUACAGCAGGAGCUGCAGAACGAGGAGCAGACGUCCCCCCCCCGGGAGCGGGUGCAGCUGCUGGGCAAGAGGCAGGCAUUGCAGGAAGCGCUGCAGGAGCUGCAGGUAGCGCAGUGCAGCCAGGCCAAGCUGCAGGCCCAGCAGGAGCUGCUGCAGGCCAAGCUGGAGCAGCUGGGCCCUGGCGAGCCCCAACCCGUGCUGCUCCUGCAGGACGACCGCCAGUCCACGUCAUCCUCGGAGCAGGAGCGAGAAGGGGGACGGACGCCCACCCUGGAGAUCCUCAAGAGCCACAUCUCAGGCAUCUUCCGCCCCAAGUUCUCACUCCCCCCCCCACUGCAGCUGGUUCCCGACGUGCAGAAGCCCCUGCACGAGCAGCUGUGGUACCACGGGGCCAUACCGCGCACAGAGGUGGCGGAGCUGCUGGCGCACUCCGGGGACUUCCUGGUGCGGGAGAGCCAGGGGAAGCAGGAGUACGUGCUCUCGGUGCUGUGGGACGGCCAGCCCCGGCACUUCAUCAUCCAGUCCGCAGACAACCUGUACCGACUGGAAGGAGACGGCUUUCCCAGCAUCCCCUUGCUCAUCGACCAUCUGCAGCACUCCCGGCAGCCCCUGACCAAGAAGAGUGGUGUUGUCUUGAACAGGGCCGUGCCCAAGGACAAGUGGGCACUGAACCACGAGGACCUGGUGCUGGGCGAGCAGAUCGGGCGGGGGAACUUCGGCGAGGUGUUCAGCGGACGCCUGCGAGCCGACAACACCCCGGUGGCGGUGAAAUCUUGUCGAGAGACGCUCCCGCCUGACCUCAAGGCCAAGUUUCUACAGGAAGCGAGGAUUCUGAAGCAGUACAGCCACCCCAACAUCGUGCGCCUUAUCGGCGUCUGCACCCAGAAACAGCCCAUCUACAUCGUCAUGGAGCUCGUGCAGGGGGGCGACUUCCUGACCUUCCUUCGGACAGAGGGAGCCCGCCUGCGGAUGAAGACUCUGCUGCAGAUGGUGGGGGACGCGGCCGCCGGCAUGGAGUACCUGGAGAGCAAGUGCUGCAUCCACAGGGACCUGGCUGCUCGGAACUGUCUGGUGACGGAGAAGAACGUCCUGAAGAUCAGUGACUUCGGGAUGUCCCGAGAGGAAGCAGACGGGGUCUACGCAGCCUCCGGGGGCCUCAGACAAGUCCCGGUGAAGUGGACCGCGCCUGAGGCUCUCAACUACGGCCGCUACUCCUCCGAGAGUGACGUGUGGAGCUUCGGCAUCUUGCUCUGGGAGGCCUUCAGCCUGGGGGCUCCCCCCUACCCCAACCUCAGCAACCAGCAGACCCGGGACUUUGUGGAGAAGGGGGGCCGCCUGCCCUGCCCUGAGCUAUGCCCCGAUGCUGUGUUCAGGCUCAUGGAACAGUGCUGGGCCUACGAGCCUGGGCAGCGGCCCAACUUCAGCACCAUCUACCAAGAGCUGCAGAGCAUCCGGAAGCGGCACCGGUGAGGCUGGGCCCCGCUUUCUCAAGCCGGAGGUCUCUGCAGGCGAGAUGGUCCUCCCCACCAGCUCCAGCUCACGCUGUUGGACAGCUCUUUACAGACCUGGGCUCUGGCCUCGGUGUCCAGGCUGGCGGCAGGCUGCAGCUUCCUGUCUGCUGUGCAUCCCAGGGCGUCCCCUUCCUGGCAGAAAUAAUAAAACCACUUGUGCCCAUCAA